ACGUCGCCCCGCCCCCGGUGGUCGCCCCGCCCCCGGGCCCGCUCCACCUUCCUCCCGCCUGGAAACCCGGAAGUGGAGGAGGAGGCGCGGCGGCGGAGCCGCAGAAGCUGGCUGAGCCCUGCCCAGGAGCAAGUGUGGGGUUGGGGGCGGGGGGCGGGGCUCAGCAGCCCGGGCGUCCGGGCCUGGACGGGGCGGGGGAGGCCAUGGCCUCCGCAGAGUUGCAGGGGAAGUACCAGAAGCUGGCUCAGGAGUACUCGAAGCUUCGGGCUCAGAAUCAGGUUCUGAAGAAAGGUGUUGUGGAUGAGCAGGCCAGCUCUGCGGCUCUGAAGGAACAACUGAAAAUGAAGGACCAGUCUUUGAGGAAACUGCAACAGGAAAUGGACAGUUUGACAUUUCGAAAUCUGCAGCUUGCCAAGAGGGUGGAACUCCUCCAAGAUGAGCUAGCACUGAGUGAGCCUCGAGGCAAGAAGAACAAGAAAAGUGGUGACUCUUCUUCUCAGUUGAGUCAAGAGCAGAAGAGCGUCUUUGAUGAAGAUCUGCAGAAGAAAAUUGAGGAGAACGAACGGCUGCACAUACAGUUUUCCGAAGCUGACGAGCAUCACAAGCAUGUGGAAGCGGAGCUGAGGAGUCGGCUGGCCACUCUUGAAACAGAGGCUGCCCAGCACCAGGCAGUGCUUGAUGGCCUGACCCGGAAGUACAUGGAGACCAUCGAGAAACUCCAGAAUGACAGGGCAAAGCUAGAAGUAAAAUCUCAGACUCUAGAAAAGGAGGCCAAGGAAUGUCGACUUCGAACAGAAGAAUGUCAAUUACAGUUAAAGAAUCUUCAUGAAGAUUUGUCAGGUAGAUUAGAAGAAUCCUUAUCAAUCAUCAAUGAAAAAGUCCCUUUUAAUGAUACAAAGUAUAGUCUGUACAACGCUCUCAACGUUCCCCUGCACAAUAGGCGACACCAGCUGAAGAUUCGAGAUAUAGCUGGGCAGGCCCUGGCUUUUGUUCAGGAUCUCGUACCGGCUCUCCUGAACUUUCACACCUAUACCGAACAGAGGAUUCAGAUUUUCCCUGUUGACUCUGCCAUAGACGCUAUAUCACCAUUGAAUCAGAAGUUCUCCCAAUACCUUCAUGAAAACGCAUCUUAUGUCCGCCCCCUUGAGGAAGGAAUGCUGCAUUUGUUUGAGAGCAUUACAGAGGAUACUGUGACUGUCCUGGAGACAACUGUGAAAUUGAAAAUGUUUUCAGAUCAUCUAACUUCCUAUGUACGCUUCCUGAGGAAGAUCCUUCCUUAUCAGUUAAAAAGUCUAGAAGAAGAAUGUGAAUCUUCCCUUUGCACACCUGCAUUAAGAGCCAGGAACCUGGAGCUGUCCCGGGACAUGAAGAGAAUGACGGCCGUGUUUGAGAAGCUGCAGACCUAUGUCGCUCUCCUAGCCUUGCCAAGUACAGAGCCAGAUGGACUCCUUCGAACAAACUACGCUUCCGUCUUUACAAAUGUUGGUGCUGCUCUGCACGGAUUCCAUGAUGUCAUGAAAGAUAUUUCCAAACACUAUAGUCAGAAGGCUUCCAUAGAGCAUGAACUUCCAACAGCGACACAGAAGCUGGUCACGACUAAUGACUGCAUCUUGUCCUCAGCAGUGGCGUUAACAAACGGAGCGGGCAAGAUUGCAUCUUUCUUCAGCAACAACGUGGACUACUUCAUUGCUUCUCUGAGCUAUGGACCCAAGACAGCCAGUGGAUUCAUUAGUCCCCUUUCAGCGGAAUGCAUGCUACAGUACAAGAAAAAAGCUGCUGCCUAUAUGAAGUCUUUGAGAAAGCCCCUCGCAGAGUCUGUGCCUUAUGGGGAAGCUGUGGCCAACCGCCGGGUUCUUCUCAGCUCUACAGAGAGUCGGGAAGGCCUUGCACAGCAGGUUCAGCAGAGUUUGGAAAAGAUUUCUAAGCUGGAGCAGGAAAAAGAACAUUGGAUGUUAGAAGCACAGUUAGCCAAAAUCAAGCUGGAGAAAGAAAACCAACGAAUUGCAGACAGGCUGAGGGGCGGCAGCAGUGCCCAGCUGCUUGGGCUAGCCCAGGAGAGUGCCACUGUGCCCAUGGCUUCCAGCCAGGAGGAGGCUGCAGCCAAGGUCCCGGCAGAGCCCAUGCAGAGCACCAGUCUGGUUGGGAUCUUAACCAGGAUGCCAGACCCUGAGGCUCCUGAGGCUGAGUCCCGUGAAGACCUAAUCAAGAGUCACUACAUGGCCAGGAUCGCGGAGCUCACAUCUCAGCUGCAGCUGGCUGACAGUAAGUCAGUGCACUUCUAUGCCGAGUGCCGAGCGCUCUCUAAGAGACUGGCCCUGGCGGAGAAGUCAAAGGAGACGCUGACAGAGGAGACAAGGCUAGCCAGUCAGAACAUCAGCAGGCUUCAGGAUGAGCUGACGACCACCAAGAGGAGCUACGAGGAUCAGCUGAGCAUGAUGAGCGACCACCUGUGCAGCAUGAACGAGACGCUGUCCAGGCAGAGGGAAGAGAUUGACACGCUCAAGAUGUCCAGUAAGGGAAAUUCUAAGAAGAACAGGAGUCGGUAGUUGGUGACCGAGGCUGGCCAGUGACUGUCCCCUCCAGAUCGGCUGCAGCUGCUGCCUGGAGACUCGAGCCAGACUCCGACACCAGUGCUGGUGGCUGCUGGGAAGCCAUGUGCUGUCGGACUCCGUAGACUAGCCGGUGUUGUCUGUGACCUUGAGACAUUUGAAGUAUGUUUGUAAACAGCAAGGCAAAUACAUAAUUUCAUGUUGCCAGUCAAAUGGAAAACAAUAGACAUAUCCAUGGAUAUUGUAGGUUUCCUUAUGCUGUUUUUACUGUGUACUUUUUAAAAUUAGGAUUUAAUUUCAGUAUGUAAGAACAACAAAUAUUUUGUAUAUUUUCAAACAAUUAUAUGGUAAUGGAUUUGGUAUCUAUGGAAUAGAUAUAUGUUUCUGGAUAAAAUGCUAAAAUUGUCAGAUGUCAUUACUUCCUGUAUUGUCAUUUCUUCCUAUAAUUGAAAAGAUGUCUCAGAAUCCUUUUCAGAGGUUCUCUCCCUUGCCCUCUCUCUCCAUCCCCUUUGCUGCCCGCCCUCCCCUGUCCCUUGGAGGUGACAAGCCUUACAGCCUUGCCGAGCCUGUGGGUUUGCUGUCAUGUCUGCAGCUGUGCAGUACACUCUGUUCGAAUAAUUGCUAAAGGAAAUUCUGUCAAUAAAUUCAUACCCAUAUGAA